AUGACUUCCGCUUUCCUCGUAGUUGGUGCCACGGGCAACACAGGUAAAGCCGUUGUUGCUACCCUGUCGGAACUCGUCAAGGCCAGCCCUACCUUCUCGAACCACAAGAUUCUGGCCAUGACAAGAUCCGCAAGCGGCGCUGCAGCACAGAAACUCGCUGCUCUGCCUGGCGUCGAAGUUGUCGAGUACAGCUGGGUCAGCAUCACGGCGGACUGGCUUCGGCAGCACAAUGUCGUGAGGGCCUUCAUCGCAUCCCACAAUGAGCCGACCCAGUUCGCCGAAGAGUCUACCUUCCACGUAGCCGCACUGAAAGCAGGCGUCGAGUACGUCGUCCGCAUCUCGACGACGGCGGCGAACGUGCGCCCCGAUUCCGAUGCCUACUACCCGAGGGCCCACUGGGCCAUCGAGGCCCUGCUCGGCUCGCCCGAGUUCAAGCGCCUGCGAUGGACGUCACUUCAGGCAAACUUUUUCACGGCCUUCUACCUGCAAACAGCGGCAGCCCUCGUCAACGAGUUCCGACAUCACGGGCGGCAGAUCGUGGCGCUCGUGGAGCAGGAGAUCGGCACCAAGGUCGAAGAAGUCCACUACAAGGACAUGACGUUUAUCGACUACCUCGUGGAGCAUAGCCCUGGGCCCAAACCUCUUAUUGAGUCGUUAAAGCAUGCUGGCGUCAAAGCUUGGGAAGGAGACCAUUCCCAGCAGAGGUAUGUGAGAAUGAGAAUGCUGGCUGUCAUGGGUAAAAUGAUGAGAUAUUCUGCCCGUGAUUUCCCUCGUGCCAGAUGGCAUAAUAUUCGAAGGCAGAUGCUGCGCCGCGACUGCCAGGAGCAUGACGGCGAGCCUGCAGAAGUCAAUACGAAUGGGCAAUCGAGAGAGAGACAGAAAGGGCGGAGGAGGGUAGGAAGGUACGACGUCACAGAGGCUUGGGUUCCUGCCCGGUGGACGCUGAUCCAGGGUCCAUCAUGA